UCAAGCUGCUUUAUUCAUAAAGAAUCACAUACUAGUCUGACUUUGAGCGCAUAUUCUGCAUCCAGGGGAGUUUUAGUGGAAAGCAAAAAUGUCUUCUUACACUGAGAAAACCUCUGAAAUGACUGGUUGAAUCUAGUGAUUUUAAUGUGUUGGCUCUGGGUGUUUGGUUCCAUUUAUUUGCAGUUAAUGUUGAGCCCAGUUAUGGCCUGAGAGAAGGUUUAAAACAUUAUAAUAAAGAUGAUGAUUUCUCUGGUUUGAGGGGUGGUCUGAUGACAAAUGAUUUAAUAGUGUUUUCAGUGAAAACUUUCCACAGUUAUACUUUUGGAAAAUGUUUUUGGUUGGGUUGAAAAAAUAGCUAAACGACUAAACUCAUCAAAACUCCACAGAACCAAAGGGGACGUCUUUAAAUGUCUUAUUCUGUUCGAACAACUGAGCGCUCAAAAAUAUUCUGUUUACAAUGACAAAAUAGAGCAGCAAAUCCUUGCAUUUCAGAGGGUGGAAUCACAGAAUAUCAUUAGCAUUACUUAUUACAAUUUUUGCUUGAAAAAUUACUGAAACUAUUAAUCAAUUAUUAAAAUAGUUGAUUCUUUUUUCUGUUGAUUGGCUCAUUGAUUAAUCAAUUAAGCAUGUCAGCUGAGGACUGACGAUUGAUUUUGAGUCUUAUGACAACAGAGCAUGAUAACAAUACUCAUCAACGUUUAAUCACAGAAUAAAGCUAAACUAAACGUAUGACGUAUAAUGUUUUUUGCCCUGUCUGCCCUUUCACUCAAUCACUAGAUUAAUCGCCUCAGAAAUAUUAAUACAAUUUGUCCAAUAGCCCAUGAAGGAAGCAUUUUCCAAGCACCCGCUCAGAACCAUGAAGCUGUUUUCUCCCACGCUGAGUGAACGCGUCGCAAGAAUGUUUCCCCGCCCACCCGGUGCUUUGACGUCACCGACGUCCGUCUCCGCACAUGGAUGGAGAAGUGUAGAGGCUCCGCCAAAGCCCCGCUCCCUCCGCCCUCCUCCUCCAGCUAUUUGCCAGCCAGCCUCAGCGACAGACAGCCAGCCGCUCACCGUCCUGCUGCUGCGUGGAGUCCCGUCUUCGCCCUCCGAGCCCCGGCGUCGAUUUUCUCGUCUACGAGGACCUCCACGGGCCGGCAAGCGAGUUCUGUCGCGUCUCUUUUUUGGGGGGGAAAUUUCAGUCAUUGCGAGCUUUAUUCUCCAAUUGCCCUGCAAGAUAUAUGGAGAAAAUGGCCAGACCUCUUCCUUUAAACCCAACUUUCCUGCCGCCGACUCACUGCGUACUGAAAUCCCUGCUGGAAAAUCCGCUGAAGCUGCCUUUCCAUCACGAUGAAGGAUUUGGAAAAGACAAGGAGAAAGACAAGAAGCUUGAGGAUGAGAGCAGCACAGCCAGCCACCCACAGUCGGCCUUCCUCGGCCCGACCCUCUGGGACAAGACCCUGCCCUACGAUGGCGACAACUUUCAGCUGGAGUACAUGGAUCUGGAGGAGUUCCUGUCCGAGAACGGCAUCCCGGCCAACACAACCCAGAGCGACCAGGCUCAGCAGGCAGCGCAGCCGGCACAGGCCCCUCUCCAAAAGGCCCCACCGCCCGCCCCGCCCACACCCACUGUGGUGGACCUCAGUAGCCGCGCCACCACCUCGGUUCACACAGGCAUGGCCCCUCAGACCUGCAUCCACAGUCCCAGCACAGCAGCACUGCCCUCAUCCCGGGACACUCCCAGCCCCAUCGACCCAGAGUCCAUUCAGGUGCCCGUGACCUAUGAUCCUGACCCAGCAGACCUGGCUCUGUCCAGCGUGCCCGGCCAGGAAAUGUUCGACCCCAGGAAACGCAAAUUCUCCGCCGAGGAGCUGAAGCCGCAGCCCAUGAUCAAAAAAGCCCGCAAGGUCUUCAUUCCCGAAGACCUGAAGGACGAUAAGUACUGGGCCCGGCGCAGAAAGAACAAUGUGGCAGCUAAGCGGUCACGGGACGCCAGGCGGCUGAAGGAGAACCAGAUCGCCAUCCGGGCCGGCUUCCUGGAGAAGGAGAACGCCGCUCUCCGCAUGGAGGUAGCGGACUUGAGGAAGGAGCUGGGCCGCUGCAAGAACGUUCUGGCUAAAUACGAGGCCCGGCACGGGCCCCUGUGAGCCUCCAAAACUCCAACUCCCCCAACCACCGCCAAGCCCCCCCCGCUCGUUCCUCCCCAACACGUUAGUACCCCAACCCACCCUUUCCUCCAGUUUGAAGGACAAUGUGUCUCUUUUGGUGGCACUGCCCCCUCUUCCUCCACUUUCCCCACCACGUCCCCUUCCUUCCACCUGCCCCCACCCCCACCGCCCUGUCUCCUCCUCCCCCGCCCUCCUCCAACACACACCUGUAUGAUUCUGGUAUUAUAACUGUCAUUUUGACUUUUAUCAUAAGCUUCGAUUUGUCUGUUCCUUCUUUUAUUUUCUGUACACAUCGUUCGACUGAAUAUAUAUAUACAUAUACAUAGAUAAAUAUAUAUAUAUUUACACAUGCAUACUUCCCACUUUAAUGUACUGUGAGGAGUUAUGAGCCAACCCACCAGCUGAGCCCCCCCCCCAAACCCCGCUACCUUCCACUUUUGAGAAACAAUGCCAUGCUGUUUGUUGUUCACUUUCAUACCGAUUUUAUACGUGACAUCAGGACUGAAAACUGUUGUUUCCUGUUUCCCUUCUUCUUCUUCUGUCUUAUAACCAUGUGACAUGUCAGAACCUGCUUUUACCCCCCCAAAACUGGUGUUUUUAAACCCUGUACGAGGUCCGCUUUUUCUUCUAUCAGCAACAUCAUCUUGUUUUUGAUCCUCUCUCGAUGUUCAUGUUGUAUAUCAGUUGCCCCCCCCCCCCCCCCGCGUUCUAACUUAACACAACUCCCCUCCGGCUUCUCUAACAACAUCCUCGGUAUUUUAGCGUAAAAUUGCAAUUAAAAAAAAUAUUUUUCAAUUUGCCGUUUUUUAAAAACCACCAUUAUGGUUUUUGUUCAUCACCCGGACAAUGAGCAAUAAUCCCUGUCCAGAAACUUAACUGACAUGACAACCAUGACACCCCUCCCUGCUCCCCUCUCCUCCCCUCCCCACCACCACCGCUGGCAACAGGGAGAGAACUCCCUGUUUCCACCUCACAUUAGCUCACCUCCGUUAACUGGGAUAACCUUAAUUAACCUCUGCACUAAUGCGUGUCUCACAAUCUGAUCCGGUGCAAUGUUUCCACUCGCUCAAAAUUUUCCUCCGCCUCAUAUUUAUCUACCCUUUAUUUCUCAGAUGGAAGAUUGUUGUUUUUUUUAUAUAUAUAUUCUGUUGAUAUAAUUGUUAGUAUUAAUACUUCUCUUGACAUUGUUGUCGUUUAGCCUCCUCCUUGUUUUCAGAUUUAAGCAUGAUUUCUUUUACAGAAUGAAAAGCUAUUUACAAAUCUUUUCUUUUUAUUUGCAAAGUUGUUGAUAAUUCUUUUUUUCUUUUUUUUUUGCUUCUGUUUAAUUUAGCAUGAUCGAUGAGUGUCUUUAUUUUAGAAAUCAACAGAUGUCUGUAGUCUCUCUCUCUCUCUCUCUCUCUCUCUCUCUCUCUCUUUGUAGCUCUAUGUUUGCCUUCUUUUUAAAGAUGGCUGUAUGAAUGUAAAAGAUGCUGACAAAAAAGGUUGGAUGGUGUUGUCCAAUACUGUGGUUAACCCAAUCAAUUUGUUUACUGCAAACCAAACUAUUCACAACAGAGAUGAUAUAUUGGUUACAAGAGAUAUGUUUAUAUAAACCUAUUCUAUAAGUUGUUCUUUUUGUACAGUAUUUUUCCUAUACAUUACUGAACUAUGUAUUUUAAAGGCACAACAGAUCCAAAAUAUUAUUAAAAAAUACAAGUAUAUAACUAAAAGACAAAUGCAUAUAGUGGUAUUUUAAUAUUCUAUAUUAGUUAGGAUGUGGUAGUUUUACAGAGAUUUGUGGAUAUUCAGCAGCACCUAAACUUCCUGGGCAUUAUUAUGAUUAUCACCAUCAUUAACACUCCUUCUUAUGUUGGUGCCACCUUUAGGAUCCCAUUAAACUCAUAGGAAUCAGAUGCACCAAAACAAAAUGCAGUCCAGAAGAAAGAAUGUAAAGAUAGGCCCUUUCCAAAAUCUAUCGACUCACAUCCAAUGCAAAAACACACAGUUCAUCGUGUUUAGUGUGGCAACCCCCCCCCCCCCCCCCCCCCCCCCAAAAUGCGUUCCAACAUAAGUUGUCUGGCAACCGGCUUUUCUUUCUUUCAAGAGCGAAUCUUCAAACUUGUCGAGGCUUUCUGUAAACGCGCAGCUUGUGAGUCUUGUUUCUCUCUGAUCUGAUUUGACGGGAUGAAGUUACUAUGAAGGAAGGGAAAUCUAUAGCUGGUUACUAUUGCUGCUCUGUGUGUGUGUGAUUGGUUCCUUCAGCCAAUGCAGUUGUAGCGUGUCCCUGAGCCUGAGUGAUGGAUACUGGAAAGCUUUUUAAGCCCCCCCCAAACGUUACUUGUGUUGUAGUGUACAGCUGCAUGCUGCAAAGUUUUCUGCCAAUCAGUCACGAGUGGGACGAGACCGAUUACUGUAUUUGAAGGCUGAUACUGACAUUUCUGACCAUACUAUGGAAGUCCAGUUAUGCAAAUAUUCAAAUUAAAUUAUCUAAAAGAAUAGUUACAGCAAGACUUUAUCUGCGUAUUUAAUAUAUGGCUGCAGCCAGUUAGCUGGAAACAUCUGGCCUAGCUCUGAUCAGCGCUAACAAGACCCACCUACCAGCACCUCCAGAUUCUGUACAAAAACCAAUGUGUGUUGUUGUUUGACACUCAAGUUUUUGUAUGGAUUAAACAAAUUAGACACGACAUUAUUAAGUGAGCUAGAAAUGCUGAUAGGAGGGAUUUUGUUACCUUUGGACAGAGCCAGGCUAGCUGUUUCCUCCUGUUUGCAGUAACCUGUGCUAAAGAGCUGCUGGCUGUAGUCUUAAAUUUACUGCACAGAUAUGAAAGUGGUAUUAACCAUCCUCUUACCUGUCUGCAAGAAAAAGUUAUUUUCCAUUUGUAUUUUCCAUUUGGCCGACAGGCUGUCAGCCAAAUUAACAAAGAAAAGUUACAUUUAAUUUUUUGUUUAAAAAAAUAAAAAUAAAACAAAAAUCUAUCCACUUUUUUCCUUUUCCUUAAUUGUGCUUUUUUUUUACAUUGAAAUGGAAAUUGAAUGUGUUUAAUUUUGUCAUCCAUCAUGUGCACACAAAGGAAAUUUGAUGAAUUAAUUUUAUUAUUGGCAGCUGUGGACGUCCAUAAUUUUAUUGAAUGUCUGUUCAAAUUUAGGUCAUGUUGGGAAAAACAUCGGAACACGAGAAUUUAAAAACGUAACAAACCUAAACAUAACAAUCAGAAAAGCCAGUAUCGGCCCAAUAACACAGCAAACGGACAGAUCAGUCUGAUCCAAGCCCAGACUUGGCUGAACAUUAUCUAUCCAAUCCAAAGGUGUGUGGGAUAUGAAAUUAUUCUUUUCUAACCGCAAACUAUGGUCUUAAUGUUUUUUGCGCUCUAGAAGGUGUUUCCCUUCUACACCUUUUCUGCACAGAUGCACUCGAGUGUGAACAGGGUUUGUAGAGAAAAGUGAAGACUGGAAUGAUGCUGAUCCGUGAAUCUGUGGAGCAUCUUUUUAUGAAGUCGUAUAUAUAUAUAUAGGAAAAAGCCAAUAAUUAAUCCAUGUGUAUCCCAAAAGUACCUCACUGUCGAGUGAUUUCACUACCUCACCCGGAAAUGUUAACCAUAAUUCUGAGUCUAUUCCAGUGCCUUGAAUACACUGACUGUUCCCCAGUCUCUCAGCAAUGUAAAGAUCUCAUCACAGCACCACUCGGAUAGGUUCAGAUCUGCACUGAAGGGCUUCUUAGUGCAUCAAAAAUCUAUAUAUUAUAUACACUGACUCCUUUCAUUUCUUAUUUUGGACAUUGCAACAGACUUGUAACCAUUGUAUUCAUGGCAACACCAACGGACUGUUUCAGAGUGUAUAAUAAUACAACAUAAAAGAGUAUUCGGUCUUGUCUGUCAUGGAAUGGAUGCAUAACAUUUGUUUGUGCUGUUCAGCCCUCAGCCUCUCUGUCUCUCUGUAAUUUGUAGUGUCUAAUAAAAUCCCAAUUCUUUUCUGA